AUGCUUUCAGCUCUGACUGACAGACGCUCUCACUAUGUACUGGCAUUGCCCUUUGGCUGGCCCCACUUGUGGUCACCAGAUGGCUGUGGCACUUCUUGGCACUUUUACUCUCCAUUUUUUUUUUUCUCCAGACUUAGUAUUUCAGAUGAUUUGAAGAUUGGCUUUUUCUGCACAGACCAUGCUACUCAAACAGAUUACAGUGAAAUUCUGCCACUAAAAGAGUUGAGUUCAUCUACAGAAAAGCUAAUACGGAUUAUUAGAUCUCUUCAAGUGGAUUUUGGGUUCCUCAAACAAUUGCUUCAGUUGAAAUUUGAGGACAGUCUUAAAGAAGAGUCUUUCAAUCUCUUCACUGCUCUACAUGACAGGGUCCUAACAAUCGAAAAACAUUAUCAAGAG